CCGAGCUGCUGCUAGUGACUCAGUUUUGAAUCAUCCACCAUGCGUCUGAGCCUCGCCACGACCGUCGCCGCAGCCGGCCUCCUGCCUACGUACGCCUGGAACAUGGCGCCCGUGCGCUCGAUCCAGGCCCGCGCCCAGGGCGACACGCCGGUGUGGGAUGCGACCAACAAGGCGUUCGUCUCGGCGUACGGCAAGACGUUCGCCGAUCAGUACACGGCCGUGCUCGACACGGUCAACACGGCGAGCGUCGAAGGCGUCCUCAAGUACGUCCAGUCCGAGUGCAUCAAUGCGCCGGACCUCCAGCUCUGCCAGCGCAAGAACAAGGUCAAGAACAUCGUCUUCUACGACAUUACGAUCGCGCAGCCGAACGCGUCGCUCGCACAGUUUGCCACCAACACGGACGUGUACCCCGAGUAUGGUCCGUUCCUUGCCAUGGACGGCGGCGCGUGCUCCGCGUCGGGCACGUCGCUGCCCACCGAGUGCCUCCAGUACAACGGCCUCAACGGCACGGUCGACCUCGGCCCAUUCGUCGGCGGUGUGCGCUCGACGACCGACGGCCGCGCCUUGUACCCCAACACGAUCUGGUUUUCGUACCCCAACAGCUGCGUGCAGACCAAGUGGAGCGGCAAGACACCGGCGUGUCGCCAGCAGUUUACCGGUGGUCUCUGCCCGUUCGGUGUCAAGCCCGACGGUGUCAAAUGCACGUACUCGUACACGAUCCUUGGCUGGGUCGCGCUUGACGACGUUGUCGGUAUCACGAGCAUGACCAACCCUGCGACGAAGGCGCCGUUUGCCAACUACAGCGAGUUUUGCAACGCCAAGCUCACCGAGUUCAGCGCGCCGCUGCUCUCGAACAACUCGUGGGGCGAAGUCACGUCCAACUUGACCUUCUGGAACAGCCCGAACGACGCCGCCGCCAACCAAGCGCGUGCGCAGGUCGUGGUCGACACGUACAGCUCGAAGCUCUCGGGCAACAUGGUCGCGAUCCCGACGAUCAAGGAGCUCACGGCCGCCAACCCGCCGUGUUACAAGAACUACAAGGCGUGCUACGAUGCGCCCUUUGGCUGCCGCCGCACCUUGUACGCGCAGGUGUGCGAAGUGUGCACGUCAGCGGCCGCCGACUGCGUCGUCAAGGACUCGAGCUACUCGUUCCCGGCGCUGACGCUGGCGACGAUGCCGCCGACGAUUGCGCCGACGACCAAGACGCCAGGUGCGCCGGGUGCUCCGGGUACGUCGGGCAGCACCCAAGGCGGAAGCACGCCGGCGCCCAAGGCCUCGGACGCGUCGUCCCACGAUGUGAUUGGCGCUGUUGCAAUCGUGGCGCUCGCGACAAUGUGGUAAUUAGUGGGCUUCAUCCUGGGUGACUCGAAUGACAUAUUUCUUCAUUAACUUUGUGGACUGAUGACGUGGCAGUAUCUCGU